CACCUUCUCGCGAGUAAUUGCGAAGUUUCCGGUGUUGUGUAUGUUCCUGGAAACAUGGCGGUCAGCAUCCGCGGCCGUCCGAUCCGAAGUCUUCGGAUGCGAGGUCGGAAUGACAGCGGCGAGGAGAACGUACCGCUCGAUCUGACCAGAGAACCUUCAGAUAACCUACGGGAAAUCCUUCAAAAUGUGUCCAAGCCUCAUGGAGUCAGUAAUAUGCGAAAGCUUGGGCAUCUGAACAACUUCAUUAAGCUGCUUGGCAGUAUAGGCCACAGUGAGGAGAAGUUUGGAUUUACAUAUGAAGAAAUUAUUAUCUGCCUGCGUCUGGCCCUGCUGAACGAGGCCAAGGAGGUGCGUGCUGCAGGUCUGCGGGCGCUGCGCUACCUCAUCAGAGACACCGACGUGCUGCACAAGGUCCUCCGUCUGCAGGUCGACUACCUGGUCGCCAGGUGCAUCGACAUCCAGCAGAGCAAUGAGGGGGAGAGGACCCAGGCCCUCAGAUUGGUCCGCAAGAUGAUCACGGUGAACGCCCUGCUGUUCCCCAGCUCCAUCGCCAACUCCCUCAUCGCCGUGGGGACGGACGGCCUGCAGGAGAGAGACCGCAUGGUCCGAGCCGCCAUCGCCAUCGUCUGUGAGCUUGCGCUGAAGAACCCGGAGGUGGUGGCGAGGAGAGGCGGCCUCAGCACCAUCCUGAAGGGCGUCAUCGACUGCCAGCUGAGCCGCAUCAACGAGGCCCUCAUCACCACCAUCCUGCACCUCCUCAACCACCCUCACACGCGCCAGUACGUCCGGGUGGACGUGGAGCUGGAGCAAAUCCUGGCACCUUUCACUGACUUCCACUACAGGCACAAUGCUGACACUGCUGAGGGCCAGCUCAAGGAGGAUAGAGAGGCUCGUUUCCUGUCUAGCAGGAUGGCCAUAGUAGCAGCGUUCCGCUCCUGGUCAGGUAUUAUCAACCUGUGCAAAGUUGGCAACUCUGGAAUCCAGUCUCUGAUUGGCCUACUCUGUAUACCGAACAUGGAAGUGCGGAAGAGCCUGCUGGAAGUGUUGUAUGAGAUCUUCAGGCUGCCCGUUCCCUUAGCAACACCGGACUUCACAGAGGCUAUCCUCAGCGUGGACCCUAGCAGGUUCCAGGACAACUGGAGACUAUCGGAUGGUUUCGUAGCUGCAGAAGCCAAAGUUCUUCUUCCCCACAGAGCACGGUCCAGACCGGACCUGAUGGAUAACUACCUGGCGCUGGUCCUCUCGGCCUUCAUCUCCAGCGGAGUCCUGGAGGGUCUGGUUGAGGUGGUGACCAGUAGUGAGGAACAGCUGUCAGUGAGAGCCACCAUCCUGCUGGGGGAACUAUUGCACAUGGCCAACACUAUCCUCCCUCACUCUCACAGUCACCACCUGCACUGCCUCCCCACCCUCAUCAACAUGGCCGCCUCCUUCCACAUCCCUCAGGAGAAACGCCUUCGAGCGAGCGGAGCGGUGAACCACCUGAAGUGCUUCCAUGAGAGGAAGAGGCGUGGCCUGAGGCCUCACAGCCUCUACCUGGACCACAUCAUACGCAAGUCUGUCACCGUACACAACCGCAGGGAGUCCCACGCACGCGCCCCCAGGGACAUCUACGCCAUCAAGGACACUGAGGAAGCACUGAUGAUGAAUCUAAGGGACAGUCACAUCCUGAACCACAAGCAGAACCUGGAGUGGAACUGGCUGCUCAUCGCUACCAUCCUCAAGUGGCCUAAUGUCAACCUCAGGAACAACAAGGACGAGCAGAUGCACAAGUUCGUGCGGAGGCUCCUGUACUUCUACAAGCCCAGCAGCAAGUUGUACGCCAGCUUGGAGCUGGACCACCCCAAGGCCAGGCAGCUCACCGUGGUGGGCUGUCAGUUUGUCGAGUUCCUCCUGGAGUCUGAGGAGGACGGCCAGGCGUACCUCGAGGAGCUGGUGAAGGACAUGGUGUCCUGGCUGUCUUCGUCCUCGGGUCUGAAGCCCGAGCGCAGUCUCCAGAGCAACGGGCUGCUCACCACCCUCAGCCAGCACUACUUCCUGUUCCUGGGCUCGCUCUCCUCCCACCCGCAGGGCGUCAAGCUGCUGGAGAAGUGCAGCCUGUUCCAGUGCCUGUUGACCCUGUGUACGGUGAAGAACCAGGAUGCCGUGUUGAAGCUGGCCGUGACCACGCUGGACUACAGCCGAGACGGCCUGGCCAGAGUCAUCCUCUCCAAGACCCUCACCGCCGCCACGGACGUGUGCAGGCUGUACGCCACCAAGCACCUGCGCGUGCUGCUUCGGGCAGGGGUGGAGUUCUUCAGCAGCUGGGGCAUGGAGCUGCUGACCACCCAGCUGCACGACCACAGCAAGGCCGUGUCCGUGGAGGCGCUGGACAUCCUGGACGAGGCCUGCGAGGACAAGGCCAACCUCCACGCUCUGAUCCAGCUCAAACCAGCGCUGUCCCACCUGGGGGACAAGGGACUGCUGCUGCUGCUCAGGUUCCUGUCCAUUCCUAAGGGCUUCUCCUACCUCAACGAGAGGGGCUACGUCAACAAGCAGCUGGACAAAUGGCACAAGGAGUAUAACCUGAAGUACGUGGAUCUGAUAGAGGAGCAGCUGAACGAGGCCCUCACCACCUACCGUAAACCUGUGGACGGAGACAACUAUGUACGCCGCAGCAACCAAAGGUUACAGAGACCAAACGUGUAUCUUCCUGUCCACUUGUACGGUCAGCUGGUCCAUGACAAGACAGGCUGCCACCUGCUGGAGUCCCAGAAUGUGGUUCCAGACCUCAGCUACACGGUCCGCUCCCCGAUGCUGGACACCUGGGAGGGGAUCAAGCUGCUGAAGGCCGCCCUCUGGGCGCUGGGCAACAUCGGCUCGUCCAACUGGGGUCUGAACCUGCUGCAGGAGGAGAACGUGAUACCUGACAUCCUGGGGCUGGCUCUGCACUGUGAGGUGCUGUCUGUACGGGGGACGUGUGUGUACGUGUUGGGGGUGAUCUCACGGACCCGGCAGGGCUGUGAGCUGCUCAAGCAGUACGGCUGGGACGCGGUGCGGCACAGCCGGCGCACCAUGUGGCCCGUCACCCCGGACGAGACCCUGGACCCCCAGCUCACCUCGGAGCUCACCUCUGUGCCCAGCAGCCUCAGCCUCUACUCCGAGUCCACCAGCUCCAGACACAACUCUGAGAGCGAAUCACAGCCCAGUAUGUAUAUCCUGGAUGACGACAAGCUUGACGUGCUGGACCAAUCAGAGGACACGUCGCCCUCGCUGCGCUCCAAGCCGGUGAAGGACCGCAGCCCGUUCACCAUCCUGGCGUCCACGCGCUUCGUCCGGAGCCGCUUCCUCAACUCCCUGUCCCUCCCCAGCAAGAAGCAGCGCUCCACCAGCGACCCCAAGGCCCCCGCCGGCCCCCGCACCCCCACAGAGCUGAAGCUCGGGGGCAUGCGGAGGACCAGGACGUUGACGGAGCCCUCCAUGUACUCCCCCGACGUGUUCAGCCCUGUGUUCAACGGCAGGGGGGGCCUUCCCCGGAGCCCAACGGUCAGCCUGGAGACCUCCUUCAUCGGCUCGGAGGAGCAGCUGGCCCGGGCUGGGGGCUCCACGCCGGGCCUGGAGCCCCUCGGGGGCGAAGGAGGCCCGGGGGCCCCCGGGGAGCCCCCCGGGAGGGAGCGGGAGCAGAGCAGCCGGGAGCGUUUGGCGGGCGGGGACGGGGGGUCGUCGUCGUCCGGGGGCGGGGUAGGAGGAGGGGGGGGAGGGGGAGGAGGGGGGGGGGGGACCCAGUUUAAGAGCCGCAGCCAGAGCUUCAACACGGACACGACCACCAGCGGCAUUAGCUCCAUGAGCUCCUCCCCCUCCCGCGAGACGGCCGGUAACCCCGACAACCCCGACCAGCCCGACCCCGAGCCCGACUCCUCUGACUGCAUCAGCCUCAACACCGUGGUCUCCGCCCGCGCCGCCAAGACCCUCUACCCCCUCGCCGCCACCCCGCCCCCGCCUGCCGCGCCCCACGCCAACCACAUCCCCCUCUCCAAGUCCAGCUCCGUCUUCCUGGUGCCCCCCGGCUCCUCCCACACCCUCCCCCGCCGCGCCCAGUCCCUCAAAUCUCCCUCGGUGGGCACCAUCAAGAGCCUGGCCGACUGCAGCUUCAUGUACACCAGCCCGCGGGACGCCCUGGGCUACGCCACGCUGCGCCGGCUGCAGCAGCAGAGGAUCCACCCGUCGCUCUCCCACAGCGAGGUGCUCGCCUCGCCCGCCAAGGACGUCCUGUUCACCGACACCAUCACCAUGAAGACGGGCAGCCUGGACUCCAGAAUCACCCCGCGCAGGUUCCUGAAGGCCCUGAGCUUCGCCUCCCUGGACAAGGAGGAGCUGCUGAGCCCCAUCAGCCAGAUGUCCCUGCAGCGCUGCUCCUCGGUGCGCUCCAUGGUCUCCGCCUCCUACGGCUCCUGCGACGACUACGUGGGCCUGGCGCUGCCCGUCGACAUCAACCACAUCUUCCACGUCCGCGAGGUGCCCUACUUCCUGCAGAACGCCAGCCCCUCCUCCGAGGAGAAGAACAGCUUCCUGUUCGGGGACGGAGAUGAACGCCCGCCUCUCCCCCUGCUGAAGCAGCAGUUCAGUAUCUCGGAGCUGAUGGCCAACCGAGGCGACGGCCAGAACGGCGCCCUGGGCUCAGACGAGACGGGUCUGCAGGAACACACCGAGGACAACUGUCUGUACUGCGUAGGUGCCCUCGUGCUGGGCCGCCCCCGACAGCCUCCGCUCAGCAACACACACCCCCGGACAGACUACGUGGAGUUCUCGUCGUGGGCGGGGCCUGGCGGGCACCGCCUGGAGGUCAUGCCCCAGUCCAAGUUCUCCGGGGCGUCCGGGUGCAGCGACGCCACCGUGUCCCAGGGCUCCGUCUGCAGCACGCCAAUGCCCAACCACGUUGUCCUGGGAGGGAAGGGCGUCCCGGAGGACGCGCCGGCGUGCCGCGUCCUCCUGAGGAAGGAGGUGCUGCGGCUGGUCAUCAACCUCAGCUCCUCUGUGGGGACCAAGAGCCACGAGACGGGGCUGCUCACGAUCAAGGAGAAGUUUCCGUAUGCGUUUGAUGACAUCUGCCUGUACUCUGAGGUGUCCCACCUGCUGGCCCACUGUAUGUUCCGCCUGCCCUCGCGACGCUUCAUCCAGGAGCUCUUCCAGGACAUCCACUUCACCCCCAUGUACGAGGAGGCGGAGUCCAUACUUUCACAGCCGCCGAAGCCAGUGGAGGUGGAGCCAGACCCCCCCUCGGAGCCCUGACCCCGCCCCCACCCCCCUCCUCUGAACGGGGACUAACGGGAGGACUAAACUCAACGCGCCUAAUCCUCACCAUCAGCAUCAGGGGGAGCAGUCUGACCAAAUACUUUCUUCUCUCCAGUGGAGGACUCUGGUGGAGCCCUGAGCGAAAGAAACACACACACACACACACACACACACACACACAGAUGAUGCUGGUCUAACAAAUGCUGAAUAAAGACUUUAAACGUGCGUGUUCUCCUCCCAGAGAGGGAGUUCCCUGUGAGGAACUGGUAACGACAUGUUCUUCUGUCCUCCCUAGAUAGUCCUGGCCCCAUCCUCUCCUCCUCAUUUUUGCCCCCCCCCCCCUCUAUUCUAUUCCUCUCCUCAAUCCUCGGUUAACACUACAGAGGGUCCUAGUUGGGUGUACACCACGACCCCACCCCUCACACACACACACACACACACAUCUCUGCAGCCUCAGAUCAAAGCACUGCCCCAACCCAGCGGUAGCUCAGCUUGUCCAUCCCCAGUCUUAGGAGCCGUCUGUCUGGACGCUCUGCCCUCCGGACCAGACACCCUGGUGGGGGGAGGCCCUCCUCCCCCAGCUCUGGGUCCUGGUCCAGGGUUCACCUGCUCCAGGGUUCACCUGAGACCCCAUCAUCUACCUGAGGGUGGUCAGAUGUUUGCAGGUGGUUCAGAGGCGAGGUCCCCCUGCUCUGAGGAGCGCUGGAGCCUGCCCACCUGUACGCUGUCACUCCUCAGCCGCACGAGUGUCACGUCAGAGACGGUCUGUGUGCCCCCCCUCCAUCCUGAACCCCCCCCUCUAGCUCCUGAAAACAUGUAAUCCGAUUUGUCCAUCAUGCGUAUCUUAAGUUGUUUUAAGUGAACUCAUAUUGCGAUAGGUAGCCCGUCACAUGCAAAUGUGGAUAUUUCGAUUGGCUUGUUGAGAUCUACAAUGCAAUAUCGCUUUCUGUCAUUGGCUGAGAUCGGGGGAGCGAGAUGGGUGGGUUCAUGGGUAUGAUGAGUUUAAGGAUUGGUUUAAGGUUUCCAGGGAAACAGGGAAGCUCUGUUUCUAUUGGCUAGUUUUGCAAUUAUGCUGCUACACAAGUGGACUCGUAGAUAAAUGAUUUAUAGAUGGUCUGAAUGAAGCCUUGUUUGAUCUAUUUAUUACAUAUCUGUACCAUAGUGGCGCGAAGAGCAAGCAGAGAAGAAAAAAAUGUUAUUUAUAUUUUUUCCUUGAGACUGUGUAUUAUAAUUUAAACGGUUUUUUUUUCCUUUCUUUUUUUUUCUUUUUUGCCUGAUUGUGAAGCCCCUUGUAAAAUGUGUACAGUAUGUUUUCUGGCAUUGUUGACCUGAAGAAACAUACUAUCCUAUCAAAGGGAUACAUUGUUAAUAAAACAAAAAUCAUGAAACGCCCCAAACCUUUGUUCAGGUCUUCAUGUGCUAUGAAUGCAGAGGGUUGUGAGUUGGCACGGUGUUCCUCCCUGCUUAUGGACUUUAGCAGAUGCUCUUUGAACCAAAAUUAUGAUUGUGUUUCUCCCUUAAAACAUGAAGCUUCCAGGAGGAGAUAUCUCUAAACUAGGACCACCUGGGAUCUCAGUGUAAGACUGCAGACGUAAACCCUGACCCAGUGAAGUUGAUGAGUACAGCUCGU